ACAGCGCGUCGCCAUUCGUUUCCCUGCGUCAUAUGUAUCAUCCAUUCAUUCAUUCAUCCAGGCAUAACAACAAACAUGGCAGCGCACAUGUGCAAGGUUCAAGCUCGGUGGUGGUGGUUCGGUCGCACAGUUGCACGGCUGCGGUUUCUCUGAUGGCGGUAGCGGUUUCUUCGAGGUGUUCGUGACAUUACGAGCGAACACUCAGCGUCGAGAAAUUAUGUGGGACUCGCAGAAGAGACCCGUGGACCAGGAUCCGGAUUACGAAUCGAUUCCGCUGCACGCGCAGCAGAAGCGGAUCAAGCUACACGAGCAAGACGCCAAAGAAGCUACCGUGAGGAAGAUUGAACAAAUAGUCAAGAGCCGAUUUUCGGAAGAGAUUUCGGCAAGGGAGUCGGAGUUGGAUACGAUCAACCAGAGGAUAUACCAGGCCCAGGUCCUACUGGAAAAGCUUCGGGUCGGAAUAAUCACUAAGUACUAUGCGGUUAGUGGACAGCCGACCAGUAACGAGCCGGGCAGUGCAGAGAACCAGCAGACUGCACAAGUGCAUCCAACGAGCAGAAAGUACCUGGGAAAAACGCUGCCGCCAUCAGACUUCGGCAAUGCUGUCACCGCCGCUCCUUCGAAUUUGGACGGAGCCAAAACAGCGGCACUGUCUGCGGAUGAAGUGCAGCCUGCCUCAAACUGUGCUAGAGAAAAAGAGGAGGAGGCCACUGCCGUGGGCCGAGCUCCGAGACUCAAGAACAAGAUGAGAGUUAUUGUCGGCAACGUGUCCAAGUACAUCUCGUCGGAGAAGCGUGACCCGACCGACCACGCCACUCACAAGUGGAUGGUGUACGUGCGCUGUCCUCCGGGAGAGCCCGAGAUUGCAAGCGUGGUGCGCAAGGUGCGCUUCUUUCUGCAUCCCAGCUACCGGCCGAACGACCUCGUCGAAGUCACGGAAGCCCCCUUUCAGCUGGUGCGUAAAGGCUGGGGAGAGUUCCCGCUGCGGGUGCAGCUCCACUUCCGAGAGCGCUGGAACAAGCCGGUGGACGUGAUCCACAGUCUCAAGCUGGACAAGACGUACACUGGACUGCAGACCCUGGGGGCGGAAACUGUGGUUGAUUUGUGGCUUUGCCCCAUGAAUGGCAGGCAGCCAGAAGAGGCACCAGAGAGGCCAUUGGGAUCGGCAACCAAUGGUGAAGCAAGCUGCGAAAAAACGGAGACUCUACCGCACUCGGUGAAAGAAACUUGCGGUGCGCGGGUUCAACGAACUAGCGAGGAGUCCUCCGAAGACUCCCAGCCGCAGCAGUCCAGCCUCGGAGGUUCGCAGCCUGUGCAGGACACUACAUGUGCCACGGGGGAACAGCAACAACAGCAUCUGCGAGAACAAGAGUCUUCGGAAAACGGGGCAGAGGCUGCCCCCCUGAACAUAGUGUCUCGGGAAGCGUUCGUCGGACAACUGGUGGAACCCGGUCCACCAACGACUGCGCAUAACGCUCCAAACGCUUCGCUGGCAAGAAACCCGCCGGUCACGAACGAAACGGUCGCCAACGCAAAGCCAAGUCUGCAAACGGCGAUGUCGGCCAAUGGUGUGGCUGCUCAGUCCUUCGUCAAAUGCACAGACAGUCUUGGCAGGGUGUUGCUCAUUCCCACGAGGUCGCUGCUGAGGCCCGUCGCUGCUGUGGCGCCGCAACCGAUCGUUUCUGGUACUGCGGCGACCGUCAAAGCGUCGUCGGUGCUAAAAAGUGGGGCAAAAGUGGUGACUUCGAAGGCGGUUCCCCACGCAACUGGCGCGGGUGCGAUAGUACUGUCUCAAAAUCUGGCUUCUGCUGUGACCGGGGUGGGGACUGUGGUGGCUGCGAGUUCAAAGCCAGUUUGUACCACUGCUGGGGCAACUGUGGUGCGACUGGCUUCGAACAUUACCGGCACAGCCUUUACUAAAACGACUUCGAAGGUAGUACCUACCGUAACUGGGACAGCCGCGACGGAAGCGAUUGCUAAGGCCGUUCCGAACACAGCCGGGCUGACCACAGUCAGGACAGCUUCGAACGUUGUUGCCGGUGUGGGUUCCAUGCCGGUGGUGGCUCCGGCGGCCUGUUCGGUGAGUUCGCCCACGUACACUUUGCUCGUGCUGCCGGGGGCAACGAGUGCGCGAAACCAGAUUGUGCUGGUGCCGUCCAACUUGCCGGUGACGAAGGAACCGGCGGCACGGUGCAGCGUGCAAGAGGCGGCGCGGGAGGUGCCACAGAACGUGCCGCAGACUGCCAUCGUAAGAACGGAGCCGCCCGCGCAACCUCGAGUGGAUCCGGACGUGGCGAAUGCAGUGAAGGCCUUGCAGGACAAGUUGAGUUCCCUCAGAUUGAACAACUUCCCAGACCUGAAGCAAGCAAUCUUUGCAGUCGCAUCGCUUUUCCCUCUCAUUGGCGUCUCCCAUGCUGAAAAGAUGGCAUGCUUUCCUUACGCUGCCCUGGAUGGUGACACCUUUUUCUCGUGGCCUGAACCCAAGCAGAGGGCAUCUGAGUGGCUGCGAGCGUCGGAUGUGAGGAAAACUUUGAAGGCAUUGAUGGAGAAGCAGGCGCCGUCGUGGCACUCGUCGCAACAAUCUUUGUCGAGAAAGAAGAUUGUGAUUUUGUGCCGGAGGUUUGGAUUCACACCACUGCAUUCUGAUGUUGAUUGCCAAGCAAACAACAUGCAAUUCCUGAGGUCUACGUGCUGCAGUUACUCUGAGCCGAGAGAGCUGGUGUCGUCCCUGGCGGCGCUGGAGACGGUGCCCAGGCCUUCCGUAGAAGAGGAAGUGAUCGACGUGGAGGGGUGUGAUCAGCCCGCCGUGGCCAGGAAGAAAGAUUCUGCCCCAAAGGAUGGCACAACGUCCAGGGCACACCUUCCCCUGUCGCCGUGCGCAAGCUAUGUCAGGGAGGUUGCCUCCGAGGUCGGAGUGUACUUGGGGGCAGCAGAGCCCUGCAUUGAUGUUCCAGUAGUAGAGGAGAUGAUCUUAUCAGCAUGUAAAAAUUUUGCCACGUGUCUGCUUCGGAAUGCCGUCAACAUGGCCUUUGAAAGGUCAGGCAGUGAAAGGAGCAUAGCUUCAGUUGGUGUCGAAGACGUCUAUAACGGUAUCCGGUCUCUGAAAGAGUGCGACCUGCUGACGAACGAGGGCCUUGGAAUAGAGCUGACAAGGGAGACCAUUGUGGACUCAUCUCAUUUAUAACACAGGGCCACAUCUCGGUACUGCAACGAGGGGAAGAGGAAGUAUCGAGGAAUAAACACAUAUUUGAUAGGAA